AUCCGUAUGGUAUGUGACGUAAUCUCUUCCUUAUUACUUCCAUCUUUCAGUACCGCAUGCAUCUGUGGAUAUUUGAGCAGGUGAGAACAUGAAUCAAGAAAAAUUGGCAAAACUUCAAGCCCAGGUCCGGAUAGGAGGAAAGGGAUCUGCACGCAGGAAGAAGAAGGUGGUUCACAGAACUGCGACGGCUGAUGACAAAAAGCUUCAGAGUUCAUUAAAAAAGUUGGCUGUCAACAACAUUGCUGGAAUUGAGGAGGUGAACAUGAUCAAAGAUGACGGAACUGUGAUCCACUUCAACAACCCCAAAGUUCAGGCCUCUCUGUCCGCCAACACCUUCGCCAUCACGGGCCACGCUGAGACCAAGCAGCUGACAGAGAUGCUUCCAGGCAUCCUCAGUCAGCUGGGAGCAGACAGCCUCAGCAGCCUGCGCAAACUGGCAGAACAGUUCCCUCGGCAAGCUCUUGACAGCAAGGCUCCAAAGGCAGAGGACAUUGAGGAAGAGGAUGAUGAUGUUCCAGAUCUGGUGGAGAACUUCGAUGAAGCGUCAAAGAACGAGGCAAAUUGAUGCACAUGACAAUCAUGUGCACACAGACUGGACUGCAAUGAAGCGUGAAACCUUUUCCGGUGUUUUUAAGUCUAGUCAUCCAGACAUAUCAGACACUAUCCCCACAAACCAGAGACUUUUCUAUUUUACAAUGGCCCACUGAUGUCCGAGUCAGGCUGGCUUGUGCGCUUUAAAAACAACAACAACAACAAAACAAACAAACAAAGAAAUCCCUUCUGGUAAACAGUUCAGUCCCUAUACCACAUUGUCAUUGUCAGUCAUGGUCAGGAUUACAGUGGUCAUUAACGCAAGUCUUAAGACAUUUUGUUUAUGAAACAAAAUAAAGGUCAUUGACAUUUUUA